AUGUUUGCCGAUGACACAAAAAUUAAUAUUUCAAGCAAUGGCAAGACAAAUGACGAACUACAAGAACGCAUUAACGCGGACUUAGAAAAUGUACACCAAUGGUUACUUGCAAACAAAUUUACACUUAACAAAGAUAAAACUGAAUACAUGAUUAUUGGCUCAAGACAACGAAUUUCAAACUUAGUAACGGAUCCUAAAAUUGAACUGGUGAAUCAGUCAUUAAACGGGUUCACAAAUCAAAAACGUUAG